AUGGCGGACGGGGUGGGGCGGUACCUCCCCCCCCGCCUCCGCGUUGGCCCGGCCUCUGGCUGCUUGAAGGAGGGGCUAGGGCUGUGGGGCCCACCGAAAGGCGGCGGCUCCCCCUCCUGCGGGGGCGCAGCCGACCCGAGCCGCGGGAGGAGGAGCAGGAGACGCCCCGAGCUCGGGGUGCACCUGUCCGGGGGUACCCAGACCCCUGCCAAGAAGCCUCGAAGCCGCAGCAUUCUCCAGUCCCUCUUCUGCUGCCUGUGCCGUGAUGAAGGCGAGCCCUGCACUGGCACCACUGGCGCACCGCUGCUGGUGGAGGAGAACGGGGCACUGCCCAAGGCUGCUGUCAAGCACCUCUUGCCCGAGAUUAAGCCGCAGGAUGCCAGCAAGCUCUGCGUGGUCAUCGACCUGGAUGAGACCUUGGUGCACAGCUCCUUCAAGCCAGUGAACAACGCUGACUUCAUCAUUCCCGUGGAAAUCGAUGGCAUCAUGCACCAGGUGUACGUGCUCAAAAGGCCACACGUGGACGAGUUCCUACAGCGCAUGGGCGAGCUCUUCGAGUGUGUCCUCUUCACUGCCAGCCUGGCCAAGUAUGCAGACCCUGUGGCUGACCUGCUGGAUAAAUGGGGGGCUUUCCGGGCACGACUUUUCCGGGAAUCCUGUGUUUUCCAUCGUGGCAACUACGUGAAGGACCUGAGCCGCCUGGGCCGUGACCUGCGCCGAAUCAUCAUCGUAGACAACUCUCCCGCAUCCUACAUCUUCCACCCUGAUAACGCCGUGCCGGUGGCCUCCUGGUUCGAUAACAUGGCGGACACGGAACUGCUGGACCUGCUGCCCUUCUUUGAGAGGCUCAGCAAGGUGGAGGACGUGUACGCAGUGCUCAAGAAGCAGCGGACUAACAGCUAAUGGCCCCCCCACCUCCGGGUGCUGCAAAGGGGCACCACCAGGGGAGCCAGGUGCCUUAUUUUGGGGGAGAGAGUCCCGGUGUGCCCCGCAUCAUCCUCCCCAGCCCCGUGGGUGCCCUCUGUGCCUGCUGGUGGUGGGAGAUGUGGGUGGCCCCGCCAGGAAGCUGGGUGCCCCCCUUCUCAGAGAAGGGGGGCCAUGGGUGACCCACUGCCUUGCUGUGCUGAGGACCUAUUUGGGGGAGUCCCAUCCUCCCCCACUGCCCAGCCCCUGCCCCCUUCCCCCCCAGACUGUCUCCCUCCACGAAACGGUUCUCAGGUCCUUUUCCCCUCUGUCCCCCGACUGGGGAGGGGGGCGGGGUCAGCAGCUGCUGCUUUCCACUGCCUUUGGGAGGACUAGAUCCCUCCACCCAGACUGCCUGCUGGGUGGCUGGCAGCCCUUGGCCCCUAUAUUCCAGGGCUACAGGACAGGUUAACAACUUGCCACCCUCCAAAAAAGCAGGGAGUCUUACUGGCCUUGGUGCAUAGGGCUGCCACCAUACCCUUAACUCUGCCCUAGGUGCAGCUGAUCACCUCCGGGGGGGGCAUAUCCUUGCCUCUCUUCAUGCCUGCUGCCCCCACCUAGGGGUUGUGUUCUGCAGGGGCAGCCCAGCCUCAGGGCUGAGCCCCUGGGCACAAAGGCCUCCCACGUGCCUUGGGACACCGUGUUUCUGUUCCCCCUUAGCCCUGCAAGGGGUGUGCCGGGGGGCGGUUCUUUACUCGCCCCCUCCAACCUCCGUUUCUUCUCAUUUUAGGGGGAAGGUGGCCUCCCCCCCUCUCCAGUUACACUGUGUCACUGGGAGCCACUCUAGUCACCAACCGAAGGGUCCCCUCCCAUGGGGGGGGGGCACAUCCCCACCCCAUAUCCCUUUGCAGCUUCACCAAAGGCUGCCACUCCUGGGAGAGAGGGACCCCCACACCAGCCUUAAUGUGCCACUCCC